GAAGCAAAAAGCUGUUUCCCCCUUCUCAUUUUCCCUCCCUGUUGCAGUAUAUAUGUUCAUCCUCCACUCUCGAUAAAUAUAUAUUUAUAUACUCACACCUUCUAGAUUCUGUGCGCUUUUAGGCACCUCUGUGCUGCAACUUCCACUUCGUUGCCAUUUGCGUCCCCCUUUUUUUUGCUUGAUAGGUGGUUUCGCUCCUCUCCGUCUCCUGUAAUUGUCGUAAAUCGUUCUGUUCUCCUCUCUUGUAUUCCGUAGAUUCGACCGACCUUUCAGCUGCCCCGGCUGCGCCGUCGACGGGGUGAAGUUAUCAAUCGAAUUUCAAAGUAUAUAUUUAUAAACAAAGUGUGAGGUGUUUUCCACUUAAAAAGGGAAAACGCAGCCAAAUUAAGAUUUUAAAAAGACACCUGCUUAUUCAGAGCAUCACUUUUUUCUUAUUCUUUCAUUUGUUCAGCGAACUUUUCUUAUCUCUCUCUCUCUCUCUGCCUUCACGUUUUUAAGGCUCCUCAACAUUUUAUAUGACGCGUGGUCGUUUUCCUUGUUUUGUUUUCUUGUUAUUUUUUUCAAAUACAUAUAUAUAUAUUUCGUCACAAGACUGUACCCCUCUGCGGUGGCAGCUGUGCCGUGAGAAUUUGUAAGAGAGCUGCAUUGAAGUGCCGUUUCUCCUGGUGGUUGUUGCCGGCGUGCACCUCGACGGAACGUGAAACCUCGACCCAACUGCGCAUCGCUCGAAGCGUAUGAAGCUGUAUUGUAUCGGACGACACCUCUACUCGGUUCUUUUCGCUGUUGUUGCGUUUGUUGCCGCCUGCGAGUGAGCGUGCGGACUCGUGUGUUUUUCGUCGUCCUGUGUUCAGCGUCUCUAUCUGCUGAGCAUCAUAAUAAAACGGUUUCUGCCUGUCGUUAUCAUAUGUGCAUCCUUCCACCCCGAAAGCCAAAGCAAGAAAACUUCAGGAAACAAAAAUGGCAGAUUCAGGCAGAAAGAUACGACAGACGCCGUCGGUAACGUCGCCCACGUUGCGAUCACCGUCAUCGCCGACCGCAACCGGGGCUGUAGGAUCUCCAAGCUCACCCCUUUCCCGCCAAUUCGCGCACGCGCCGUACCUCAGCACGAACAAUAUCCUCGCCACGGAGGAGCUAAACGCUGCGGAGUACGAAAGCAUGAUGGCCCGCGGAAAGCGUCGCGACGGGGCGACAUCGGGAUCGCCGACGUCGAGCGCCAACACUUCGCACAACGCCACCUUCAGCAGCUCCCCAACGAAAAGCAACGCGGUGGCGGGGCUGCCACGGGGGAAGAAGAACGUGUGCCGACACUUUCUCAACGGGAACUGCAAUCGAGGCAGCUCCUGCCGCUUCUAUCACCCCGGCUCGAUUCAUCGAGUCAUCACGCCAAGCCACCCACGGACGCCGACGCAGCGGCCGUUGACGCCGCUGGCGGAUCUGGCCAUGCAGAAACAGCAGCAGACGAGCGCCUUCGCCAAUGCGUCGCCCAUCCACAGCCCGUACCUCGGGCCCUCUGUGGGCAUGCUGAACUUGAACGAGGCGUCGCCGGUACUCUCCCGAUCCAUUCCGCGACAGGUUACCGAGAACGUCGUUACGAGCGACAACAACAGCUCUCACGUGUCGCCGCCGAGUUCGCCGGCCACCUCCCACGCCCAACGCGUCUCGUGCGGCACGGUGAGCGGUCCCAUCUCUUCUUUCACCGCGCAGCCCGCGCUGUCCAGCCCUUCGUCUGGGCCGCAGGUGGGUCUGGGCAGCGGCAGCAACGGGGGCGGCAACUCGACCACGCGCAAAACCGCACCUCUCCAAGGACUUCCCUUAUUGAUGCUGCCCGAGUGCGCGGCGCGUGUGCCGGGCGGCGAGGCAGACGACGGCAACUCUGCCGGUGCGGUGGACUCCACCGGGUUGAGUUUCCCGCACAGUCCCACCACCCCCAGGUCCUAUCGGAUGCCGGUUUACCGGAUUGGCCCUCGUACCGGCGGCGUGGCUUCCAGCCCACCACAGCGCUCCAGCGCUUCGAAUACGGUGCCGUCGUCGAACAGCACCAGCGUGCGGCAGGAUGGGAGUGACUUCAUCGUCGGGUUCGCACCCCAACCGCCGCAAGCGCAAGCACCUGGCUCACAGAUUGAGUACUCCCUGACGUCACCACCGUCCGUAACGGUUACGCGCAACAACCCCUACGCCUAUCCUGGAAAUCAAGGCGGUGUGCUGAGGCAGCCCAAGGCACCGAUGAGCCCUUUGAAGCGCUACCCUGCCAGCUUCCAGAAUACGUAA